AUGGUUGGUUUCAAGGAUCGUACUACACUGGGACAGUAUAUGCCCAUGGAACCAGUAAAAAGAGGAUUCAAAGUUUGGGUAAUUGCUUGUUAUCGGGCUGGUUACAACUUGGGUUUCAAGAUUUAUGAAGGUAAGGAGAAUGCAGGUAUAAGCCUAGGAGAAAGAACAGUUCUUACAAUCUCUGAUAGAUAUAAUGAUGAAGGUCGCUGUCUCUACUUCGACAACUUUUUCAAUAGUUUUCCACUGCUGAAAAUGCUUCUUGCAAAAAAUACCUUUGCAUGUGGCACACUAAGGAAAAAUAAAAAGUGUUUCCUAAGAAGUAAAAUGAUGAACGAUAAAUCCUUGAAACGAGGAGAAUCUGACUAUUGCAUGGCUGGUGAUAUUUCUGUAUACAAUAGGACCGAUCGAGGUGCCAAACCAGUCCUACUUGCUAGCAACUUUCACGAUCCAAGGGAAGAAACAACUGUUCUUAGAACAAAUGUCCAGGCGAUGGUGGAUGAAACCUUUUGA